GUAACUUUAUACACGUCUCCUCUAUAUAGUGUACGGUCUCGUUUUUAUCAUGGAAGAACGGUUGUUCUCACAUUCUUCCAGUCGGAAGCCGGAUCUCAUCAAACGGUUUGUGCGGGCUAUCUUUAUCCUCGUUUUGUUAUUAUGGAAGGGGACGUGUGGAUUUGUGAUCAGCACCGAUUCGACGUACGGAAGAUGGCCCGGAGGAGACGUGUAUUAUGCCAUACCUCAAAACGAAUACAAUCUAAUAGAAUUAAACGUGAUUCGAGAGGCAAUGCUGCAAAUCCAAGCUGACAGUGGAAACUGCGUACGGUUUAGGGAAGUUAGCCUUCCAGCCCCACCUGGAAUUUAUUUUGUGGUCAUCACACGUACGGGAGGGCUCAGUGGACCGAAUUCCCUUACCUGCUAUUCAUUUCCGGGUAUCAUAAGCGGUCAAUAUGGACGCGGCCAGUACAUGGCUAUGCAACCCGGUAUUAAUGGCUGCCUGGGCAAUCGCCGCCAAGCCAUGCGCAUACUGGCCAGCCUGCUCGGACUGCGGUCGGAGCAUAACAAACCAAAUCGUGAUACGUUUCUUCUUGUUAACACGAACAACAUUAAUCCUGUGGGGAUGUUAAAUCAAGUUUUUAAUACAUACGAUCGCAACAAAGUGAUUUUCGACCAGGAUAAUUUUGACUUCAACUCCAUAACACUGUUGGAUCCAUUUACCUUUACCUCCAAUGGAAAUCCAACCAUUACCGCCAAAGGCGGAUUUAACAUUCAAAACGUUGGGAGGUUGUCCGUUACGGACUGCACCGCAAUAAAAGUCAUGUACCAAUGCCCUUCCGUCCAGUGCGCAGAUUUGUAUGGUAACAGCGCUUUUCCGGUUUUCACUCUGGGCCCGCCUGCACCAACAAUAGCGCCGACCGUUGCUGGAACCACUACGACAACACCAGUUCUACGGCCAGAUUUCAAGAAAUAAAUGAAAAUUGAUGUGCUUCUCUGAGUUGCAGUUGUGAUAAUUGUAAAAAUACUGUCUUUUUCUCCAGUUCCAUAUAAGUUUCUUUAGUCACCAAAAUUUUGACGAGAAACUCUCCGUGCUGUUUUAGGGCAAUGACGUACGUAUGCCACUGGCAAAGAUACGCGGAAGUCUCAAUGUUUCAUUAAUAACAUCGGUGUAAAAAGAAAAACAAGCAUAAUAUUUUCAGCGUCCAAGUACUUUGCUGUACAAUCGAUUUUGGUUAUUACUUCAUAAUUGUAAUAAUAUAUUGUGUAG